CCGGUCCCGAAACCGCCCAGCCAGUGCCGUGGCGCUCCGGCCGCUGUGCACUGCGAGCGGGACGGGGUCUGCAGCCCCGCGCGGCGACAGCAUGAGCGGGCGCCACCCGGGCCUCGGCCUGCUGCUGCUGCUGCUGCUGUGCCCUGCGCGGGUGUUUUUACAGUCCUGUGUUUGGUAUGGAGAGUGUGGAAUUGCGACUGGAGACAAGAGGUACAACUGUGAAUAUUCUGGUCCACCAAAACCUCUGCCGAAGGAUGGCUAUGACUUAGUGCAGGAGCUCUGUCCCGGAUUCUUCUUUGACAACGUCAGCCUCUGCUGUGAUAUUCAACAGCUUCAGACGCUGAAGGGCAACCUGCAGUUGCCCCUGCAGUUCCUGUCCAGAUGUCCAUCAUGUUUUUAUAACCUGAUGACCCUGUUUUGUGAGCUGACAUGUAGCCCUUGGCAGAGUCAGUUUCUGAAUGUGACAGCAACUGAAAACUAUUUUGAUCCUGAGACACGGGAGAAUAAAACAAACGUGAAGGAAUUAGAGUACUAUAUUGGACAGAGCUUUGCCAACGCAAUGUACAACGCCUGCCGUGAUGUGGAAGCCCCUUCCAGCAACGAGAAGGCCUUGGGACUCCUGUGUGGAAGGGACGCCAGCGCCUGCAAUGCCACCAACUGGAUUGAGUACAUGUUCAAUAAAGACAACGGACAGGCACCGUUCACCAUCAUUCCCAUUUUCUCAGACUUUUCAGUCCUUGGGAUGGAGCCCAUGAGAAAUGCCACCAAAGACUGCAGCGAGUCUGUCGAUGAGGUCACGGGGCCGUGUAGCUGCCAGGACUGCUCCGCCGUCUGUGGCCCCAAGCCCCAGCCCCCUCCACCUCCGGUGCCCUGGAGGAUCCUGGGCAUGGACGCCAUGUAUGUCAUCAUGUGGGCCACCUACAUGGCAUUUCUGUUUCUAUUUUUUGGAGGACUUUUGGCAGUGUGGUGCCACAGAAGGCGGUAUUUUGUGUCUGAGUACACUCCCAUUGACAGCAACAUAGCCUUUUCUGUGAACACCAGUGACAAAGGGGAAGCCUCGUGUUGUGACCCACUUGGUGCAGCAUUUGAUGACUGUCUGAGGCGCAUGUUCACUAAGUGGGGGGCUUUCUGCGUCCGAAAUCCCACCUGCGUCAUUUUCUUCUCAUUGGUCUUCAUCGCGGUGUGUUCUUCCGGCCUGGUGUUCGUCCAGGUCACCACCAACCCUGUGGAGCUCUGGUCAGCCCCUCACAGUCAGGCCCGCCUGGAGAAGGAGUACUUUGACAAGCACUUUGGGCCUUUCUUUCGAACGGAGCAACUUAUUAUCCAGGCCCCCAACACCAGCGUCCACAUCUAUGAGCCAUACCCCUCUGGGUCCGAUGUGCCCUUCGGGCCUCCGCUGGACAAAGAGAUUCUGCACCAGGUUCUUGACUUGCAGAUUGCCAUUGAAAGUAUCACUGCAUCCUAUGACAACAAGACCGUGACACUUCAGGACAUCUGUGUGGCCCCGCUUUCUCCGUACAACAAGAACUGCACCAUUUUCAGUGUGUUAAAUUAUUUCCAGAACAGCCAUUCAGUGCUGGACCGCCAAAUAGGCGAUGACUUCUUCGUGUAUGCCGACUACCACACGCACUUUCUGUACUGUGUGCGGGCUCCGGCCUCUCUGAAUGAUACGAGUGUGCUCCACGGUCCUUGCCUGGGCACAUUUGGAGGACCAGUGUUCCCGUGGCUUGUGCUGGGUGGCUAUGACGAUCAGAACUACAAUAAUGCCACGGCGUUGGUGAUUACCUUCCCCGUCUAUAACUACUAUAACGACACGGAGAAGCUCCAGAGGGCCUGGGCCUGGGAGAAAGAGUUUAUCAAUUUUGUGAAAAACUACAAGAAUCCAAACCUGACCAUUUCUUUCACUGCUGAGAGAAGCAUCGAAGAUGAGCUCAACCGGGAGAGUAACGGCGACGUGUUCACUGUCAUCAUCAGCUAUGCUGUGAUGUUUCUGUACAUUGCCCUGGCCUUGGGACACAUCCAGAGCUGGAACAGGCUUCUGGUGGAUUCUAAAAUCUCCCUGGGCAUCUCGGGGAUCCUGAUCGUGCUGAGCUCGGUGGCCUGCUCCCUGGGCAUCUUCAGCUACAUGGGGAUGCCCCUGACCCUCAUAGUCAUUGAAGUCAUCCCGUUCUUGGUGCUGGCUGUCGGGGUGGACAACAUCUUCAUUCUGGUGCAGACCUACCAGAGAGACGAGCGUCUUCAGGAGGAGACGCUGGACCAGCAGCUGGGCAGGAUCCUUGGGGACGUGGCCCCUACUAUGUUCCUUUCAUCCUUUUCUGAGACCUCAGCUUUUUUCCUCGGGGCGCUGUCCUCCAUGCCGGCCGUGCACACCUUCUCUCUGUUUGCGGGGAUGGCGGUGCUCAUUGACUUCCUCCUCCAGAUCACCUGCUUCGUGAGCCUCCUGGGGUUAGACAUUAAGAGGCAAGAGAAAAACCGGCUGGACGUGCUGUGCUGCGUCAGAGGCAUCGACGACGGAGGCGGCAGCCAGGCCUCCAAAAGCUGCCUGUUCCUCUUCUUCAAAAACUCCUUUGCGCCCUUUCUGCUGAAGGACUGGCUGCGGCCAAUUGUGAUAGCCGUGUUCGUGGGCGUUCUGUCAUUCAGUGUUGCAGUGGUGAACAAAGUAGAGAUCGGAUUGGAUCAGUCUCUUUCAAUGCCAAAUGAUUCCUAUGUGAUCGAUUAUUUCAAAUCGCUCGGCCAGUACCUGCACUCGGGGCCACCCGUCUACUUUGUCCUGGAGGAGGGCCACAACUACACCACCCGCAAAGGGCAGAGCAUGGUGUGCGGCGGCAUGGGCUGUGACAACGACUCCCUGGUGCAGCAGAUCUUCAACGCGGCCGAGCUGGACGCCUACACCCGCAUAGGCUUCGCGCCCUCGUCCUGGAUCGACGACUACUUUGACUGGGUGUCGCCGCAGUCCUCCUGCUGUAGACUCCACAAUGUCACUCACCAGUUCUGCAACGCCUCUGUGAUUGACCCAACCUGUGUCCGCUGUAGACCCCUGACUUCAGAGGGCAAACAGAGGCCUCAGGGGAAAGAAUUCAUGAAAUUCCUGCCCAUGUUCCUUUCCGAUAACCCCAACCCCAAGUGUGGCAAAGGGGGACACGCUGCUUAUGGGUCGGCCGUUAACAUCGUAGGAGAUGACGCUUACGUCGGAGCCACUUACUUCAUGACCUACCACACCAUACUUAAGACCUCUGCUGACUUCAUUGAUGCCAUGAAAAAGGCCCGGCUUAUCGCCAGUAACAUCACAGAAACCAUGCGUUCCAAGGGAAGUAGCUACCGCGUGUUCCCGUACAGCGUGUUCUACGUCUUCUAUGAACAGUACCUGACCAUCAUUGAUGACACCAUCUUUAACCUCAGCGUGUCUCUGGGCUCUAUAUUUCUGGUGACCUUGGUGGUUCUGGGCUGUGAGCUGUGGUCUGCAAUCAUCAUGUGUGUCACCAUAGCCAUGAUCCUGGUUAACAUGUUUGGCGUUAUGUGGCUUUGGGGGAUCAGCCUGAAUGCUGUCUCCUUGGUCAACCUGGUGAUGAGCUGCGGCAUUUCUGUGGAGUUCUGCAGCCACAUAACAAGAGCGUUCACAGUGAGCACCAAAGGAAGCCGAGUGAGCCGGGCGGAAGAGGCGCUGGCCCACAUGGGCAGCUCUGUAUUCAGUGGGAUCACGCUUACAAAAUUUGGAGGGAUUGUGGUGUUGGCCUUCGCCAAAUCUCAAAUUUUUGAGAUCUUUUACUUCAGGAUGUAUUUAGCCAUGGUCUUACUCGGAGCCGCUCACGGACUCGUGUUUCUUCCCGUAUUACUCAGUUACAUAGGACCGUCGGUAAACACAGCUAAAAGACAGACCACCCAGGAGAGAUACCGAGGGACAGAGCGAGAGCGGCUCCUCAAUUUUUAGCCUGUGGCAGGCCUUGGUGGGUGACUCUGUAACUACAAAUAGGUCAAGUUCACGUCAAGGCCAAGCUGCACGCUGGCUUUCCGGCGUCAGGCUGUGCCAGAGCUCUGCAGGUGCAGGUCCACCAGGCUUCCACUCUCGGGGCCGCACACUUGACUGGCGAAGCAGUGUUAGGGCGCGGAGGCAGCGGUCACCAGCCCCUACAGCAGAGAAACCUCAUCUUGGGCAAGAGCAAGGGUGGGUGGCUGCGAGUGCGACUUCCUCACUUUCGAAAAGCCAGUGCUGCCUCCUUUUUUCGGGAGGUGGCCCCCCACGUUCUAUAGCUUAUUUCUAGCAACACUUGAGGAUGUUGUAGGUCCUUUAUCACACUGUUUUGUAGUUUAAAGAGCUUUAUUAAUGCAAUAAAUUAACUUUGUACAUUUUUAUAUUAAAAAAAAAAACUAUCAAGGGAGUUCAGAAUGUCGUAGGCCUCAUUAGAGCUUGUUCUCCAAAAACCUGCUUGAAGAAGGCAACAUGUUCUUCACAGUGUUCUCCUGUAGGGAAACGCAGCUUUAGUCACCAGUUCGUCACGGUGUGGGAAAGCAGAAAUGCAGGCAAAGCUCUCGGGUUAACUUAUUUUUCUUUAAUAAAAUACCUCAUCCUCCUG